AUGUUUGGUAAUUCUGGUCAUCCCCUGAAUUUUUCCUUGUUCCAUCCAUUUGAAGAAUUGCAGAGCCUCAACUUAACCUUUAACUGGUUUGGUGGUUUGUUGGAUAAUCAUGAAGGUUAUAAGAGCCUCGGAAAACUUCCAAAACUUAAGAUUCUUGAUCUCUCAGAUAACGGUCUCAAUAACAGCAUCUUACCGUUUCUGCGAUUUGCAACAUCACUCAAGACUUUAAUUCUUGGGAAUAACAUGAUGGAAGGUGACUUCCCUAUGAAAGGAAUUUGUAAAUGGAAGACUCUCCAGGAGCUUGAUGUCAGUAGGAAUGAAUUUGAGGGCCAACCUCCUCUGUGUUUUGCUGGUCUUACAAAGCUCAGAGUUCUGGAUCUCUCCUCAAACUUAUUUGAAGGGGAUUUGCCAGCAUUUAUCAAUAGCUUGAAAUCUUUGGAAUACUUAUCGUUAUUGGAUAAUAACUUUAAGGUUUUGUUCUCAUUUAACUCUCUAAAAAUUUUCUCCAAGCUCAAGGUGCUCAAGCUUUCAUCAAUCUCUAUCAAACAACAAACAGAGAUGCGAGGUUCUUGGCUUCCAGAAUUCAAAAUACGAGUCCUUGAGCUGCGAGAUUGCAACCUUGAAAAAAUUCCUGAUUUUCUCAGGUACCAGAAGAACAUGCGCUUAAUCGACCUCUCUAACAACAAGUUGUCUGGACCAUUUCCGACUUGGAUCUUGGAGAAUAACCCUCGGCUUGAAGUUUUGAAUCUACAGAACAAUGCACUUCACACUCUUAGACUGCCUAGCCUUGUGCAUAAUCUGCGGCUCUUGGAUCUUUCAGCUAAUAAUUUCGAGGACAGACUUUCUGAUGAUUUCGGAAAGAUACUUUCAAGCCUAAGACAAAUAAACCUCUCAAGCAACAAAUUUAAGGGACGUUUGCCCACUUCUGUGGGUGAGAUGAAAGACAUUCACGCUAUUAAUUUUGCUCACAACAAUUUCUCUGGAAACUUACCAAGAAGCCUUUUCAUGGGAUGCCACUUCUUGAAACUGCUGAAGCUCUCACAUAACAGAUUUGAUGGUCAGAUAUUUCCAGCAUCGACAAACUUGACAUGGCUGGGGACGUUGCUUGUGGAUAACAACAUGUUCACAGGGACUAUUGGAAAUGGUCUGCGGAAUUCGACCAUGUUGCGUGUGCUUGACAUGUCGAGCAAUUUUCUUACGGGGACUAUUCCAAGUUGGAUGGGUGAGGAGUUUGUAUGGAGUAUUCUGCUGAUGUCAAACAACUCGUUAGAGGGUACAAUACCUCUUACUUUGUUUGACAGUGAAACCCUUGAACUAGUGGACCUCUCAAGAAAUAACAACGUUGAUAGAAAACCUGACGUUAGGAACAACGAGCUGUCUGGAAGUAUCCCACAGUUUAUCAAUGCCAGCGGCAUAGCUGUUCUUCUCUUGAGGGGGAACGACUUAGUUGGCCCAAUUCCUAGGCAGCUGUGCAGUUUAAGCAGUAUUAGGAUUUUGGAUCUUGCCAACAACAAACUGAAUGAGUCCAUACCCCCAUGCCUUAGUAACUUAUCGUUUGGGGCGGCAGAAGACAGUGAGGAACUAGAUUUCUUGAGUGGCAUUAUUCCUUACAUGGACGGCGACAUGGGAACUUAUUUCGAGUCAAUACUUGAGCUUGAUCAGAUAACUCCAGACUACAUGUAUGGCUUGAAUUUUAGUGUGGAGUUUUCAGCAAAACAGAGGUAUGAUUCUUACGAUUCCGGCGCUCUUGAUUAUAUGUAUGGGCUCGAUUUGUCAAACAAUGAAUUGAGUGGGGAAAUUCCAGAAGAAGUCGGUGAUCUCGUGAGAGCACGCUCUUUAAACCUCUCUCAUAACUCCUUGGCCGGUUCUAUUCCUGAAAGCUUCUCCAAGAUGAAGGACAUUGAGAGCCUUGAUCUUUCUUUCAACAAGUUGUAUGGUCCUAUCCCGUUCCCAUUGACAGCCUAUGGAUGUUGUAGAUUUCUAUUGGAGCCUUGGCGUGACAUUUUCCACGGUUCUGGUUGGAAUCUUUGUGUUUAUGUGCUUUGA